AUGUUCAGUCCAUUUCGUUCUCUCUCGCUCGUUCUCUCUCUCCCGUUCUCUCUCUCCCGUUCUCUCUCUCCCGUUCUCUCUCUCCCGUUCUCUCUCGCUCGUUCUCUCUCUCCCAUUCUCUCUCCCGUUCUCUCUCGCUCGUUCUCUCUCUCCCGUUCUCUCUCUCCCGUUCUCUCUCUCCCGUUCUCUCUCUCCCGUUCUCUCUCUCCCGUUUUCUCUCUCUCGUUCUCUCUCUCGUUCUCUUUCUCGUUCUCUCUCGUUUUCUUUCUCUCUCGUUCUCUCUCUCUCUCUCUCUCUCUCUCUCUCUCUCUCUCUCUCUCUCUCUCUCUCUCUCUCUCUCUCGUUCUCUCUCUCUCUCUUUCUUUCUCUCUCUCUCUCUCUCUCUCUCUCUCUCUCUCUCUCUCUCUCUCUCUCUCUCUCUCUCUCUCUCUCUCUCUCUCUCUUUCGUUCUCCCUCUCUCUUGUUCCCUCUCUCUCGUUCUCUCUCUCGUUCUCUCUCUCGUUCUCUCUCUCGUUCUCUCUCUCUCUCUCUCUCUCUCUCUCUCUCUCUCUCUCUCUCUCUCUCUCUCUCUCUCUCUCUCUCUCUCUCUCUCUCUCUCGUUCCCUACUCCCCCUUUCCUACGCGCUGCUCCCCUUCCCUAGACGCUUCUCCCCCUUCCCUACGCGCUAUUCCCCCUUCUCUACUCGCUGCUCCCCUUCCCUAGACGCUGCUCCCCCUCCCUACGCGCUACUCCCCCUCCCUACGCCCUGCUCCCCUUCCCUACGCGCUGCCCCCCUUCCCUACGCGCUGCUCCCCUUCCCUACGCGCUACUCCCCUUCCCUACGCGCUACUCCCCUUCCCUACGCGCUACUCCCCUUCCCUACGCGCUACUCCCCCUCCCUACGCACUGCUCCCCUUCCCUACGCGCUGCUCCCCUUCCCUAUGCGCUGCUCCCCUUCCCUACGCGCUACUCCCCUUCCCUACGCGCUACUCCCCUUCCCUACGCGCUACUCCCCCUCCCUACGCACUGCUCCCCUUCCCUACGCGCUGCUCCCCUUCCCUAUGCGCUGCUCCCCUUCCCUACGCGCUACUCCCCUUCCCUACGCGCUACUCCCCUUCCCUACGCGCUACUCCCCUUCCCUACGCACUACUCCCCCUUCCCACUCAUCCCUUCUCCUUCCUUUCCGUCUCGCCUUCUCUCCUUCCUUCCCUCUGUCCAUUCUCCAAAGAGUAGGGAGGGGGACUGAAGAGACCUUUAUUCCCUCCCGCCUCACUCGCUCCCCUUGCUCACUCAGUUCCAUUGCUUGCUAUUGCACGUCACCUUCACGCACACCGGUCCCUCCUGUCCUUCCCGUCCCUCCCGUCGCCCAACACCUUCCGUCCACACAGGGCAACCGCCUUGCAUCGGGCCUGUCACUCACACACUUACAUGUGACACUCACUCCCGUUCUGCAAACUCACUCCCCUCCUCUCCUCUCCCUUUCCUCGUGUCCUUCCCUCCGUUUCCCCCCCAGUCCCUUCCCUCCCGUUCCCCGUGUCCUUCCCUCCGUUUCCCACCUUGUCCCUCCCUCCACCUCCCCCGUCUUUCCCUCCGUUUCCCCCCUUGUUCCUCUCUCUCUUUCCCUGUGUCCUUCCCUCCUGCCCCCACCUUCCCCCUCCCUUCCUUUCCUCCAUUCCUAA